CCUCCCACAGAGUCUUUGUCAUGGUUUGCUCGACUGAUGUGGCAAAUGACCAGAGACAGGACCAGUCUGUGUCCACAUGAGUCAGACAUCAUUGACGUGCUUAAGUUCCCUCUGGCAAGCACUGGUGAGCACUUUGGAAUGGUCCGCAGGUUCCAGCCUUUCAGCGACGAUGCCCUGGAGAGAGGCCGUCUUCAUGCGGUGAUACAGCCCAGCGUCACCUUAUCUGUGUGGAUCUACCUACUGAAAUGGUGUCACAAGCGCCUCUGUGGGAUCAUCCAUCAUGUCGAUGGGAGAAAUUCAUACGACUCUGUUCUGAUGCUGCUUACAGACACAGGGGACGUCAUAAUUCAGGCACGUUUGACAACAGGAGAAGAAGAAGCUUUCCAAGUCAGUGUAGCGUUGCCCCUGCGGAAAUGGAUUCGAUUAGACUGUUCCAUACAGAACUCAAAGGUGCUGCUGUAUGUAUCGUGGGAUGGUCAAACCCACAGAUAUGUAUAUGAUUUUCCGGACAGUAUCUAUUAUGAUGACACUGAUGGAUACUUUGUGAUUGGAGGAAGCAAAUACAUGCCAGGCAUCCACGGGUAUUUUGGACCAAUCAAAUACUAUCGUUUUGGAACUGAAGAGAUAAAAAACCAACUUCACCUCAAGACAUUGCAGGAGCUGGAUAAGACUCAUCACAAGUGUCAGGAAAUCAAAGCAUUCACAAAAGCUUUUCUAAAAGAAGUAACACAGAGUCACAUGUUGUCAACAAACAGCAAAGCUGUCUGCACCCCUCACUUAAUAAGACUGUGGGGUCAGUCUGGUAAAAAAACCUGCUCACAACCAUGGACCUGGGAAACACCACUUAAAUAUAGCUCGCUUUUCCAUCUCUUGCAAACAAAAGAGGAGCAAGUCAGAACAGGAUCUUUGGAAAUGAAGCACCUCAGGACGACUUUGUUUAAAGAGGCAGUGGCUGCAAUGUUCACUGCGGAUCAGACGCAGAUCAAAAUCACAUCGGAACCCAUGUCUCUGCUCCAAGUGUCCUCCUGCUUUGGAAAUCACGAAGCAUCACUCUUGUUGGCCUCCAUCCUCCUCUCUGGCCUGGGACAUUCAGUUGAUCAAAUCCAGGGUCAUGUCUAUAGUUUGAUUGGUGCAUCAGGUGAUGGCCGCUUUGCCCUGAUGCAUGCAGGGUACAAACACACACAAGGCAUUGAUGGCUUUCCCAAAGACUUGGACAUGGCUUAUAGCUAUUACUCCAAUGCUGGUGCACAGAGCAACAUUGACAUGGCGUACAUAUAUGAAGAUGAGCAAUACAUCCCUGAACACAUCUAUCUCAGCAACCAAGAGGAUUUAAACAGCCUGACACAUGAGACGAGUGAUGACUUUCAGUUUCUGAAAUACCAGGCAGAGAGGGGAGACGCAGAAUGUCAGAGACACCUGGGAACAAUGCUAUACUGGGGACAGAACAGAGUCUCAAAAGACAUAGUGAGUGCAGCGAAGUGGUUGCACAGAAGUUCUAUGCAAAUGAAGGAUCCCUCGGCGAUGCACGACUACUCCAUUCUACUGAUGAAGGGCCAGGGAGUGAAAAAAAACCACACCCGAGCUUUUCAGCUGCUGAAGAAAGCUGCAGCGAUGGGCUCAAAUGAUGCCUUGAAUAGUUUGGGCUGGUACCAUGGGACUGUACUGGACGACCACGAAAGCGCAGCGAAAUACUUUGAGCAAGCUGCGCUAAAUGGGAGUGCUGAUGGCAUGUUCAACCUGGGAGCUUAUCAUCUCAGUGGGGAAAACCCACGCAGCCCAUGGAGGAAUGAGACGGCUGCUUUCCAGCACUUUCUGAAUGCGUCUCGCUUGGGUCAUAUUGCUGCAUCUGUGGAGGCAGCUUGGUAUCUUUCGACAGGAAGCCUGGGAGGAGUGUCUCAGGAUGCAGAGAGGGCUGUGAUAAUGCUAAAAAAGGUCUGCGAAAAGAACGGACACCUUGGAUUUAUGAUCAGAGAGGCUCUGCAGGCCUACCUCCAGGGCUCCAGGCAGGAAGCAUUUGUGAAGUAUGUCUUGGCAGCUGAAACUGGUCUGGGUUUGGCCCAGAGCAACGCUGCACACCUGUGUGAGGAACUGGAUCUCAGUUAUGAUUGUCAGUGGAGAUAUCAUAACUUCUCUAUAUUAAACUAUGAUUCCCAAACGUCUGCUCUGCUGAAAAUGGGAGACUACUAUUACCAUUCCUCCAGCACCCGAGAAGACUCAUUAUCCUUGGUUGGUCAGGCCCUAUCGAUGUACAGCAGAGCAGCUCUCGCGGGCAGCCCUCAGGGAAUGUACAACUUGGUGAUUUUGGCACAACAAGGGCACGUUCUUCCACAGAGCAUCCACAGCAUGUUCAACGUGUCACGUUAUGAUGAGGACGACACUGUGGUGGAGAAGAUCUUAAGAAGAUGUGUGGAGAGUGAGCAUGAAGAUGCAGUAACACCCUGUUCUUUAGCUCUGCUCGGAGACCAGAUGGGAAAAGCCUUAAGGAGAAUGACUCAGAACGGUGCACAGCUCCUCUUGGCAUAUGCAUCUCUUCUUUCUGUCUGCAUCCUUCUUGUCUUUAUACCACUUCAAAGCUGUUUUGGACAAAGGGUUUCCGGUCUGCGUCCAGGCGAACUGAGGGCAAGGACUGCACCAGUCAGCCAAGAUGGUGUCAACUUGAAUAGGGAGCAAGAUGGCAUCAUGGGAGGAACCUAUAGAGUGGCAGGGAAUCCAUGGCUUACCGUGCUGAAUGGCGAGCAGUGGCUCCGACAGACCAGUGAUUUGGCCGUGACACUGUCGGGUGUGUGUCUGUGUGCUUUCUGGACCACAUUCCUCUAUCAUCUCCUAUGAUGUACAAUACCCAGCGGAGUGACCCAGUAGCCACCGUUAAAGCCCCAGACACAACAAAUUGUAAGAGCAUACAUUAGCGCAUGAGUUAGCGCAGCGGUCAUGUGACACAUUUGUCCUUUGGAUGCAUGUGACUCAUUUUAGGACAUGAAAGAGAGAAGUGCUGAUCAGAAUGUGUGUGCCACUCUAUCAGUGUUUUGAUAAUGUUUCCUCGGUAACCAUUUUUCCAUUGCGUUGUUUGUGGAAAAUAAAAUACUUAUUGUGCAUUGUAAUUGUUUGAUGCCAAAUCUGAACUACAGCUUAAAUUGUCUUGGGGAUGUGGUA